AUGUCAAUAAGUCAGGACACGGAUCAGUUCAACAAACAUAAACAACAACUAGGCAAACAGGGCGCCGACCUGGUCAAUUUUCCUCCGCGCUACCAUCCGCCACCACCUGCCGCCGCGGGCUCGAAACAAGUCAGUGCAGACGCAGCUAUUAAAGAGUAUAAACCUCCUUAUAUCCAUUCUAAAGCGAUAGACUCAAAGCCGCAAUAUCCAUUCGGGUACCCCGUGCAACUACCGGGGCCCUACUCGGGUGUACCGUACUCUCAGUUAAAAUAUCCUCCGGGAUACCCAAUAGGGUACCCAGUGCCCCCUGCGGCGCUACGUAUGCAGAGGCCUUCAGGUGAAGUCGUCACUAAAGCGAUUGUCCACGAGCCCGUCGAGUCCACGGCGAGAGCUAGGAGCGCCGACGACACCCAACGACUCGCGCAAAGAAACUUUGAAGAGGAACAAAUACAUAGGAGGUCGGCGGAUAUGCUCAAAUUCACGAAACGCAUGGAACCAGACGGGCCGAGACAAUCCACAGACCAAAGACGACAAAUACAAGCUCUUCUAGACGAAAUAAAGGCGUUGAAAGAAGCUAACCGUAGACUUAGCGAGGAUAACCAGGAGCUGCGAGAUCUGUGUUGCUUCCUGGACGACGACCGUCAGAAAGGGCGCAAAUUAGCGAGAGAGUGGCAGAGGUUCGGUCGAUACACAGCGUCGGUGAUGAGACAAGAGGUGUCAGCGUACCAAAGUAAACUGCGAGAGUUAGACGACAAACAGCAAGAAUUGAUUCGGGAUAACUUAGAGCUAAAAGAAUUAUGUCUUUACCUAGACGAAGAAAGGGAGAGAGGGACGUGCGUUAACUGCGGCCGAACGACAGCUCGAGAAAGGGACGACGGCGACGGCAGCAGUAGCGGGACAAACAACGAGGAAGUCACGCGGCCGCCCACCACCCCGGCUCCAGUCAGUCACCCGCAAUUGGCAGAGAGAACGGUACAAUAUGUCCGCGACUUAGAACAAAAGGUUAGAAGACUAGAAGCGGAAAAGGGUUUAGGCACAGGGCUCGGCGAAAGGCCAGAAGCGGUAGUACGAGCCCUUCAAGUCCUCGAAGUGAGAGAGCGAGUGGAGAGGGAAAGAAGAAGACCGGCUCCCGACCUGGAUACGGGUGAACAAGCUUUAGUCCGCGAAAUGUGUAAUGUAGUCUGGGGUAAACUGGAGGACGCACCUUCGCAGGCACCGCCUCGUUGA